AUGAAGACGACGGCGACGAUAUCGACAGAUUCAAACUCGAGGUCGGCGCCGGCCAAGUCGUCAAAGGCGGCGGCGGCAGCAGCAGUAUCGGCACCUCCCUCGCCUCCCCUCACGCCAUGCCGCGUCUCGGCCGAUGAUUUCGCCAAGCAGGCCUUUGACUUCCUCGUCAUCGGCGGCGGCACCGCCGGGCUGGCCGUUGCCUCGCGGCUCGCGGCCGCCACGAGCCCCUCGCUGACCGUCGGCGUCAUCGAGGCCGGCGGCGUCGUCGCCUCGUCGUCCCGCGACCAUGUCGAGAUCCCCGCCAUGUACGGCCGCGCUCUCGGCGGAUGCCAUGACUGGGGCUUUGAGACGGCGCCGCAGGCCGGGCUCCGCGGCCGGAGCCUCCCCUGGCCCCGGGGCAAGGUGCUCGGCGGCACCAGCGCCCUCAACUUCAUGACCUGGAACCGUGCCAGCCGGGCCGACUACGACGCCUGGGAGGCGCUUGGCAAUGCCGGAUGGGGCUGGGAUGACUUGCUACCCUGCUUCAAGCAGUCGGAGACGUUUCACCCGCCGAGCAAGGCCCUCGCGGGCGAGCAUGAUGUCUCGCACGAUCCGGGCCUCUUUGGCUCCUCGGGCCCCAUCCAGGUAUCCUACUCGACCGACUACUCCCCCUCUCACCGGCUGUGGCAUCGCACCCUCCACGCCCUCGGCAUUGCCACUAACCCAGCCCACGUCGGCGGCUCCAACGUGGGUGUCUGGACAAACGUCAACGCCGUCGACCCUCGCACCGCCAGCCGCUCUUACGCGACCAGCUACUGCGCCUCGUCGCCACCCAACCUGCACAUAUUGACCGAUGCCACUGUCCAUCGCAUCAUCCUCGCCCAGGAUAGAGGCGAGUGCAGAGCAACGGGCGUGCGCUUCGCGUGCCAAGGCAGGGAGCAUGUGGCACUCGCAUCUCGCGAGGUUAUCCUGUCGGCCGGAACCGUGAGCUCGCCGCAGAUUCUCGAGCUAUCCGGGAUAGGCGACCCAGGGGUACUGUCUCGGGCCGGCGUGCCUGUCGUUGUCGAGAACCCGAGGGUUGGGGAGAACCUCCAGGACCACCUCAUGCUGCCCAUGGUCUUUGAAGUCGACCCCGAUCUCGAAAAUCCGGACAAGCUCAAACAAGACGAGUCGAUGGCGGCCGCUGCGAUGGAAAGAUACGUCAGGGACCGCAACGGGCCUCUCACGGUGCUGCCCUGCUCCAUGGCCUAUGUGCCGUUCAACCACUUCGUCUCGGACGAGAGGCUGGCUGCCAUGUCGCGUCAGGCUGGGGAGCUGGCGGCCUUUGACGCCGACAAGCGACCCGUCUUGCAGCAGCGGCUCGACGGCACGGCCAACUUGGGCCAGGUCGAGUACAUCUUCGACCUCGGCAACUGGAGCACACGCUUCCAGGGCACCGAGGGGAAGCAAUACGGCACCAUGCUGCUGAUGCUGCAGUAUCCCUUCUCCGUCGGCUCCAUCCACAUCCGUCCCGGGGCGACGCCCGAGGACCAACCCGUCAUCGACCCGGGAUACUACGCCGGAGCCCACGGCCAGCUCGAUCUGCAGGCCAUGAAAGAGGGCGCCCGGUUCGCGGCCAGAAUCACUGCCACGGAGCCACUGGCCGGAAUCAUGCGCGGCGCGGCGUCGCCCCCGGCCUCGACAGUGAGCGACGAGCACCGACUGAAGGAGUGGAUCGCGGACAACACGAUGACGGACUGGCACCCCGUGGGCACCUGCGGCAUGGGCGGCCGCGCAGGCAUCGAAGGCGGCGUCGUCGACGAGCGGCUGCGCGUGUACGGCGUCAGGGGCCUGAGGGUGGUGGACGCGAGCGUCAUGCCGCUGCAGAUCAGCGCACAUCUGCAGGCGACGGUUUACGCCAUUGCCGAGAAGGCGGCUCGCAUGAUUCUUGACGAUGUCGGCGAGGAAACGGAGGCCGGGGCAGCAUCAAUGGGCAAGGUGGAGGAGGGGAUGAAGUGUUGA